UGUCAUGUGUCCUUGUUACUGUGCUUUGUUUUAUUUGUUUUUUCCUACUUUCUUUCUUUUUUUUCUUCCUCUUUCAAUAUUUGAUUCCACUGUGAAUGGGGUAAAGUCGUGCUGGGUGCAGUACUCUCUGUACACGCCGGUACAGUAGGGGGCAGUAUGUAGCUAAGCUCUCUCUGGGAUGCGACCAGAUGACAGGACGAAGAAGAUUUCAUAACAUUUAUGCAACGAGAGAAGAGAAAGCUAUGAGGUGCAGUGACCCAGUGCAGGUGGUAGAAAACUAAGAGCUGUUUUUUUUGUAACAUCAUGGAGGCUUUAGUUGACUUCCUAAAUGUAUUCCACAUAGAGGCCAGAGGACUUCCCGUCACACUCAGCCUCUUCCUCGUCUUUCUGGGUCUUCUCUAUUGGUAUUCAAUCUAUCCUUUUUCAGUCCUCUCUCGAUGUGGCAUCAAACAUCCAAAGCCAAUGCCGUUCCUCGGCAACAUAUUUAUGUUUCGGCAGGGAUUUUUCAACCCUAUCAAUGAUCUCAUAAAGACACAUGGCAGAGUUUGUGGGUAUUAUUUGGGCCGGAGACCAGUGGUAGUGGUGGCCGACCCUGACAUGCUCAGACAAGUGAUGGUCAGAGACUUCAGCAGCUUCCCAAACAGAAUGACUGUUCGCUUUGCAACCAAACCCAUGACUGACUGUCUGCUCAUGUUGAGGAAUGAAAGGUGGAAGAGAGUCAGGAGUAUCCUUACCCCUUCCUUCAGUGCUGCCAAGAUGAAGGAGAUGGUUCCACUCAUCAAUACAGCCACCGGUGCCCUGAUGGACAACUUGAACACCUAUGCCGAGUCAGGAGAGGCCUUUGACAUCCACAAGUGUUUCGGCUGCUUCACUAUGGAUGUUAUCGCCAGUGUGGCAUUUGCAACUCAGGUGGACUCUCAGAACAAUCCAGAUGACCCUUUUGUCCACCACGCUCAGAUGUUCUUCUCCUUUUCUUUCUUCAGGCCCAUCAUGCUGGUUUUCAUUGCGUUUCCAUUCAUCAUGGCUCCUCUGGCGGGACUCAUCCCCAACAAAAGACGAGACCAGAUGAAUCAGUUCUUCAUCAACAGCAUUCAGAGGAUCAUCAAACAGAGAGAGGAGCAGCCUCCUGAACAGAGACGUCGAGACUUCCUUCAGCUGAUGCUGGAUGCACGAAGCAGCAGUGAUGCAGCAAACCAUGCUGAUGAGCCCGAACACAGGAACCAGCAGACGCAGCCGUCAGCCUCGAAUCAGGAUGACGGUCUUCACUCACAGGAGACACCCACCAGGCGUCCACAGAAAAAGAUAAUGACGGAAGAUGAGAUUGUGGGUCAGGCUUUUGUCUUCCUCUUAGCGGGCUACGAAACCAGCAGCAACACGCUAGCUUUCACCUGCUACCUGCUGGCCAUUAACCCUGAAUGUCAGCGCAAAGUACAGGAGGAGGUGGACGAUUUCUUCACCAGACAUGAGUCACCAAAUUACACAAAUGUCCAGGAGCUGAAGUAUCUGGACAUGGUCGUCAGUGAAGCAUUGCGCCUUUACCCUCCUGGAUUCAGGUUUGCACGAGACAUCGACAAUGACUGUGUGGUGAACGGCCAGUUCCUCCCUAAAGGAGCGACGCUGGAGAUCCCAGCAGGCUUCCUCCACCAUGACCCAGAGUACUGGCCAGAGCCUGAGAAGUUCAUCCCAGAGAGAUUCACACCAGAAGCCAAGGCCAGUAGACAUCCAUUUGUAUACCUGCCGUUUGGGGCUGGCCCCCGCAACUGUGUGGGAAUGAGGCUUGCCCAACUAGAAAUCAGAAUGGCUCUAGUUCGUCUGUUCCAGAGAUUCAGCAUUGUGGCCUGCUCUGAGACGAAGGUUCCUCUUGAGUUGAAGUCAUCAAGCACUCUAGGACCUAAAAAUGGCAUAUUUGUGAAAAUCACAAGAAGAGACAGUGAAGAAAGUCAAGUGAAUUCUCCACCAGACGAUUAGACAAUGAGUGUUUGUCUUCUAGAUGUCAGAGGGAAGAAUGAAGAGCUACAAACCAUCCUGCAGGUCUAUAUUGUUAUAGUGGCACUUGGUGUCAUUGUCUCUGGCUCACUAUCUAUUAUUUUACAGUAAGUUACAAUACACAGUAUACCUCCAUCUAUUGCCUUUUUUUUGAUUGAGAGUGAGCUGGAAAGUGAACUGAAGAUGAGCAACAGCGCUGCUAUGCUGUCAUGAUGACAUUUGCACAGAACUGUGGUUGGUCUAAGUGCUCUUCACUCAGGCAGUUUAGGUCCACUUGAGCCUUCGACUGACUUCUCCGAUUGUUAGCGUGAUAAAACAACAAGGGAGAGCGAGGGAGAACACAGAGAGCAAGGAACAAAGGAAUAGGAUUGCACUUUGCUUAAAAAGAGCAAAUCACAGACUCUUACCACACGAUUUAGCAGUAUUGAUCAUUUUUAGCUGCUGCCUUUCAUAAAGUCUUUUUCAGGAAAGGAAUUUUCUCAUUUACCAUGAAUCGGUACAAUAUUUUUUUUAUUUCACAAUGAGCAGGUAACUAUUUUUCUGUUUUGCACUGUAGCAUUAGGUUUUAUAAUUGAUUUGUGCAUUUAAAGGUUUGACCUUAUCAUCUUCUCAAGUUUCUGUGGUUAUUAUAAUGCAGUAAUGAUGAAAAGGAAAAGAAAGUGAAAUUGAAACUUGUGCAGUGUGUUAUGUAAAAUCUAAUAAUAAUGACGAAGCGAGCCUGUAGAACUAGUUGAGCCAGAUCAGUCGAUGCUGAACCUGAAAGUUUGCACAUUCCCUCAACAAAAGAACAGUCUGUUGUGUAACUAAGCUGCUCACUCUUUGCUCCUGCUUCCAAUAGACUGACAGAAAACCAGCAUCCCUGUAUCCACACAUGGGCUUUGUAUACUUCUGUGAUUCCCUACAGGGUUACUACUGAUAUCUCCCUGCAGUUUGGUUUGUUCAAGAAAUGAUACAUGCAAGGAGAAGUUCAAACUGCUGUUUCCUGAUACGUGAUCCAGUGUUUAUUAAAUGUCUCAGAAUAGGAAACUGGACCUAACUGGAUAUUACAGUGGAUAUUAGGUCCAACUUUAAGGUGUUGAGCCACAAGCAUUUGAUCACUUUAUCUCUUAAUAAUGUCAUCCAUGAUUCUUUAAUGAGACCAUUUAUACCUUUUAUUGAAAUUGGACGAAGGGCAUUACAUAAUUAUUCAUCAUGUAUGUGACUUCCAUCCUAGUUUGAAUUUUAGCUAAUGACUGAGUGAUCCAAGAUCAAUUUCAUAAGAUGAAUUUUAAUCUUGAAUGUAUACAAUAAUAUGUAUAUUACAGCAACUGUGAUCAAAGGUGAUUAAAGGCCUGUUAAAAAGGUCUUCAUUUAAAAUGGGUCAAAUACCUCUUGUUUGUGAAUAAAUAUUAUAAUGUGAUGAGAUUUCUGUUGGAUACACAAUGAAAAUAAUGACAUUAAAUGAAUACAUAAACUA